UGGCAAUGCAGUUCCAGCCUCAAAAUUUGCCAGGCUGGAGAUAAGAUCCUAAACGGUUUGGCCAUCAUAAGACUAGUUGGCGACAAAUUUCGGCCUAGUCACUCGUCCUCUCUCAUUCACACUACAGCUGCACCCACCCUUCCUGCUGACAUUGCGAAUUCUACCGACAAAUCAAAAUGUCGCUUCUCCUCCAAGGCUGCAUUAGACUGUAGGUUCGAGCUCGUCUAA